AUGAUUCCUAAUGGAUAUUUGAUGUUUGAAGAUGAAAACUUCAUAGAGUCAUCUGUUGCCAAACUAAAUGCCUUACGUAAAAGUGGUCAGUUCUGCGAUGUCCGUCUCCAGGUAUGUGGACAUGAGAUGUUGGCGCACCGAGCCGUGCUAGCUUGCUGCAGUCCCUACCUGUUUGAAAUCUUCAAUAGUGAUAGUGAUUCGCAUGGAAUUUCCCAUGUUAAAUUCGAUGAUCUCAAUCCAGAAGCUGUUGAAGUUCUGUUGAAUUAUGCCUAUACUGCUCAGUUAAAAGCUGAUAAAGAAUUGGUGAAAGAUGUAUACUCUGCAGCAAAGAAGUUGAAGAUGGAGAGAGUUAAGCAGGUUUGUGGUGACUACUUGCUCUCCAAGAUGGAUGUUCAGAGCUGCAUCUCUUACCGAAACUUUGCAAGUUGUAUGGGAGACUCACGUUUGUUGAACAAGAUUGAUGGCUACAUUCAGGAACAUCUUUUACAGAUUUCAGAACAGGAAGAAUUUCUCAAACUUCCACGGUUAAAGCUUGAAGUAAUGCUAGAAGACAAUGUUGGCCUACCCAGCAAUGGCAAAUUGUACACAAAGGUAAUCAACUGGGUACAGCGCAGCAUCUGGGAGAAUGGAGACAGCCUGGAAGAUCUAAUGGAAGAGGUUCAAACGCUGUACUACUCAGCUGAUCACAAGCUGCUUGAUGGAAAUCUGCUAGAUGGACAGGCUGAGGUGUAUGGCAGUGAUGAUGACCACAUUCAGUUUGUGCAGAAGAAGCCACCACGUGAGAAUGAUCACAAGCAGAUUAGUAGCAGCACCUCUGGAAGUCUUUCUCCACAUGCUACUGUUCAGAGUCCUAAACAUGAGUGGAAAAUCAUUGCUUCAGAGAAAACUUCAAGUAACACCUACCUGUGUCUUGCUGUUCUGGAUGGCGUGCUGUGCGUGAUAUUCCUGCACGGCCGUAACAGCCCUCAGAGCUCUCCCACGAGCACGCCGCGACUGCUGAAGAGUCUGAGUUUUGAGCUUCAACCAAAUGAUAUCAUAGAGAAGCCCAUGUCUCCAAUGCAGUAUGCUCGGUCUGGACUGGGCACAGCUGAACUUAGUGGCAAGCUAAUCGCUGCAGGUGGAUAUAACAGAGAGGAGUGUUUGCGCACGGUGGAAUGCUACGAUCCGCAAAAGGACACUUGGACUUUCAUUGCACCGAUGAGAACACCAAGAGCUCGAUUCCAGAUGGCAGUUUUAAUGGGGCAGCUAUAUGUUGUGGGUGGGUCAAACGGUCACUCAGAUGACUUGAGCUGUGGAGAAAUGUAUGAGCCAGAAAUAGAUGACUGGACUCCUGUUCCAGAACUGAGAACGAAUCGCUGCAAUGCAGGAGUAUGUGCCCUGAAUGGAAAACUGUACAUUGUUGGUGGUUCAGAUCCUUAUGGCCAGAAGGGACUUAAGAACUGCGAUGUGUUUGAUCCUGUAACAAAAUCUUGGACAAGUUGUGCUCCACUUAAUAUCCGGAGACAUCAGUCUGCAGUGUGUGAGCUGGGUGGAUAUUUAUACAUAAUUGGAGGAGCAGAAUCAUGGAACUGCCUGAAUAGCGUGGAGCGUUACAAUCCAGAGAACAACACUUGGACCCUGAUUGCGCCCAUGAAUGUGGCUCGACGAGGAGCUGGAGUGGCUGUUCGUGACGGAAAACUCUUUGUUGGUGGAGGCUUCGAUGGCUCUCAUGCGGUGAGCUGCGUGGAGAUGUACGACCCUGCUAAGAAUGAGUGGAAGAUGAUGGGAAGUAUGACUACUCCGAGGAGCAACGCUGGCAUUACGACGGUGGCAAACACUAUUUAUGCAGUUGGGGGAUUUGAUGGCAAUGAAUUCUUGAACACUGUUGAAGUCUACAAUCCAGAGUCAAACGAAUGGAGCCCCUACACAAAAAUUUACAAGUUUUAAGUGAAUUAAAUUCCCUUUUCAAACUAACAGGCUUAGUGAUGUAAUUGUGUUUUAGUAGAGGUACACAUGUGAAUAGGGUUGGGGAGGGCAUAGAUGUUGCCAACAGCAACACAGAGCUUUUGCAUAUUGCAUAUUAAUGUGCUGUACAUAUUUGUUUUGGAAAGAAUAUCAAGAUGAAGGGUUUUUGUGUAUUUUAGAACUUGUUUUAGGGUUGUUUUUUUUUUUUUAAAGAUUUUGAAGAUUAUGUAAGAGAAACUAGACUGGGCAUAUCAUUUCAGGAGCUUCCCCCAGUGUUUGUUUUGUCACUUUGCACAUUAAAUGACCUUUCCUCUAGGAUGUGUUCUUGGGGCAGGAAGUGUGAGGUUUAUGGGGGAUUGGUUUUCUCAUCAGGCCUUGUUUUCCUUCAGUAACUGGAACAAUCUGUAACAAGAAGCCUUAUUUAAAUAGAUAUAAUGGCUAUUUUUUUUAUUAAAAAAAGCUGACAUGCCUGCCAAUACCUUAUCUUUUAUGAUUGCCUUUUUAUAACAGUUUUUAUAUACUCAGCAGAGUACUUUAUCUGUUGACAUGAAAAUGGCAGAUACAUGGUUAUUGAAGCAAAGAGACAACCUUGGAGUUCAUAGAGACUGAGUGGGAGAAGCGAUUUACCACUGGAUGUGAGCUUCUGAGCUUUUGCCUCUGCUACAGUAUUGUAACUUAGUAUGCAACACGGUCGUUAGAGCUGAAUGGAGUUUCUGAACAUAACAUAGCUGUGACUUUCUAGGAUGGGAGAAUUAUUUUGGCUCCAAAUAUUUUGACAAAAAUGCAGAGGGUGCUUUCUGUACAGCAGUUUUGUUACUAUGGGUGAGCUAACAUUUGUAAAACAAAAACUUCAGUGUGGGGUUUUUCUCAUGGUUUUUAAACUCUUGCCAGUUGGCAAUGAAAAUGUAUUCAUCUGAUUAGUAACUGUCUUAUUUUUCUAAUGCUACAAGCUGAAAGUGUGAUAGAACACAAAUAACUUGAUUUCAUAUGUGCUCAUAGUACUAUGUUUUAGUUCACUUUCUCUAUUCAUAUGGAUAAAAUGUUGGGUAGGAUGACUUGGUGUCUAAUGUGUAGUGCUGCACAUCUUAACUCCUGGUGCCAAAACUAGCACUGACUGCUUGCUGCUGCUGCAAACACAUUAAAGGUACCUUUUGGGAAAUCCUUGCACCACA